AUGUUGGAGGAGAAGAUUUUCGAUGUGCAAAUGAAAUUGUGGGCACUUCGAACUCCAAGGGAGUCUUGCAAGCUGGCCACUCGAAUUCUCAAUGGAUAUUUGCUUGAUAGGCCACGAAUAAAGCCGAUCACAGUAGAUCCAACCUGCAAUAAAAACCGAUAUAUUAUAUUUUCUGAAAAAGUUCAAAAUCCAGAUUUAUCUGAAAUUCCAAGUGAAAAACUUGACGAACUGAGAGAGAGCUUCAAGAUUGAAGUAGUUCCUUAUUCCCUCACACUUGGAUAUUCAUAUUGGGGUGCAGACUAUAUAUUGAAGCAGAUUUUACCACCUGGAGUUGAGGUUCCCUCAUCAUUUGAGACAAUAGUCACAUUGCCCAUCUGA